AUGAAGACUGUCUUGGUUCUAGCUGGGCUUGUGGCAGUCGCCUUUGGCGUGGCCACCCAUGAUCACAAGUUUAGGAAUGUUGAUGCAGACUUCGUUGCAAAGCAAAAGAAAGUGCUUUCCCUUUUCGAGAGAGUAGAAGAAAAUGACCAAUCGACAGACUGUUACAAGGCCGGCUUUAAUUACAAUAUUGAAGCCAACAUAGACAAAUAUUCAAACAAGAAAGCCGUCGAAGAGUUCUUAUCGCUGUACAGAGCUGGUCAUUUCAAGGCUUUCGACAAAGAAAUCGACUUCUCCAACCCUAAAGCUAUCAACUUCGUUGGAAACUAUUGGCAGACUAACGCGGACUUAUACUCUGAGGAGCAUAUUGAAAAUUACCAGCAUUCUUACGAAAUUACUGCCCGUCAUGUCCUUAGUGGAAGUCCCAAGCCUUACGACAAGUACUCUUUCAUGCCAAGCGCUCUAGAUUUCUAUCAAACUUCUCUUCUUGAUGCUGAGUUCGCUUCAAAGCAAAAGAAAGUACUCUCUCUGUUCGAACAUGUAGAAGAAAACGACCAGACGGCAGAGUGCCACAAGGUUGGCCUGAAAUACAACAUUGAAGCUAACAUCGACAAGUACACAAACCCUCUUGCUGUGCACACUCAUCAUGCAGAGGCCGACAAUAAGUUUUCUGUCAUUGUUGAUUCUGGCCAAUUUUAG